CCUCCGACCAAACACGCCCCACGCCGACUAGGGUUAUUUUAGUAAAUAAUAAUGAACCCAUUUGAAGCAACUCGAGACGCUCUCCCACGUCAACAAGCUCGAGGGUUGGGGACUUCGAGCGCGCCCGGACAAUUUUCCCCUCAAACAUGUUGUUCUUCUCGUAUUUCAAGGACAUGGUGGGCAGGGAAGUGACAGUGGAGCUGAAGAACGAUCUGGCCAUCCGGGGAACUCUGCAUUCGGUUGAUCAGUACCUCAACAUUAAGCUUGAGAACACUAGGGUUGUUGAUCAAGACAAGUACCCCCACAUGCUCUCUGUGAGAAACUGCUUUAUCAGAGGAUCAGUGGUGAGAUAUGUUCAGUUGCCUGCAGAUGGAGUUGACAUCGAAUUACUUCAUGAUGCCACAAGAAGAGAAGCUCGCGGGGGCUGAAUAUCAAACUGACAUAACUACAUUUUACGGAUAUUAGAUGUAAUGCGUUCUGUAUUUGAAGUUGCUUGCUUUUUCUGUUCCAAUGACUUGGUGUUUUGGACUAGGUACUUUUGACUUGUGCAUUAUGAAAGAUGGUUAGUAUUAUCCCCAAAAAUUCCCACUUCCCCCUCUUAAUUGGGCUACACAAUAAUUAAUACGCUUUAAGUUGCUAUUGCAGCACAA